AUGGAAACGGUGAAAGGAUGGCACGAUGUCGGUGCACCAACUGCCGCUUGCUUCAUAUGCCUAGGUACUACAACUGUACGACACAUGAUGAGUGGCGAUGGCGUGCCAUUAGACAAUAUAGAAACACUAUCUCGUCACAUUUUUUUUCCCUCUCGAAAGAAUGCCGACUGGUUUCGAAAUUUCCUCGGGGGCAUGUCGGAGUCAGUGAAUAGGCGGCUGCUUUCCAGUAGAGGACGCAUGCGCGGCAAGAGCCGCGACAUGAACGAUUGGGGUGACAAGAUACGCAAGCGCACAAAAAUUUCAACCUCGUCCACUGAGACUCUUGCAUUCCCGACUGUUUGGCUAUCUCUGAGCAGGUUCCUGUCAUGGUCUAGAAUUAUCAAGGUGGCUGGCGCACUCUACGGCUACCCAGAUGGCACGUUUGCGUGUCGACCUGUGAUUUGA